GAACCAUGUGAAGAUGGCAGGCAAUGAUAAGGGUGAUGAAUCUACAGACCACAAAAUGCCUGAGAUUGCCAGCAACCCACCAGAAGCUAGCCGGGGAGCCAUGGAACCGUUCGAACCAUUCUCUCUCAGCCUGUGAUCUCCAACUUCUAGCCUCCUGAACUGUGAGACAGUACAUUUCUCUUGUUAAGUUUGUGGUACUUUGUUACGGCAACCCUGGGAAACUAACCCUGGCCUCAAGGCUGACUGCUGUCUCUUAUGACCUCGUGGUUCUGUUACUCACCUUGGACCUUUGUUUUACAGGUCACACCACGGAUAGUCUCUGAGAGUGACCUGUUCCCCCACUGUGUGAGAGUCCUGCUCAGAGCAAUGCUCUGUUAAUGCUCACAUUAACGAGGAAUGCAAGGGUGAGAGUGGUGUCUUCUGGAAGGAUGGAGAGAUGGUAUCGGACCCGGAGGCAGGCGGCUCCGUGUAUCUGCUUCCAUCCCUCUGCCAUUCCUCUUCCCUGCAUUGAUUGGAGAUGUUGAAAUCUGACCGGCCUCCACUUGCUCCCCUUCCCUGUGGGGCAAGGAGCAUUGAGCCAGCAUGGAUGCACCCACUGGGCCUGUGUAAUAACAAUGAUGAAGAGGACUUGUAUGAAUAUGGCUGGGUAGGAGUGGUGAAGCUGGAACAGCCAGAAUUGGACCCGAAACCAUGCCUCACUGUCCUGGGCAAGGCCAAGCGAGCAGUGCAACGGGGAGCCACUGCAGUCAUCUUUGAUGUGUCUGAAAACCCAGAAGCUAUCGACCAGCUAAACCAGGGCUCGGAAGACCCGCUCAAGAGGCCGGUGGUGUAUGUCAAGGGCGCAGAUGCCAUCAAGCUGAUGAACAUCGUCAACAAACAGAAAGUGGCUCGAGCAAGGAUUCAGCACCGCCCCCCUCGACAACCCACGGAGUACUUUGACAUGGGGAUUUUCCUGGCUUUCUUUGUCGUGGUCUCCUUGGUCUGUCUCAUCCUCCUUGUCAAAAUCAAGCUGAAACAGCGACGCAGUCAGAAUUCCAUGAACAGGCUGGCUGUGCAGGCUCUGGAGAAGAUGGAAACCCGAAAGUUCAACUCCAAGAACAAGGGGCGCCGGGAGGGGAGCUGUGGGGCCCUGGACACGCUCAGCAGCAGCUCCACAUCUGACUGUGCCAUCUGCCUUGAGAAGUACAUCGACGGAGAGGAGCUGCGGGUUAUCCCCUGUACUCACCGCUUUCACAGGAAGUGCGUGGACCCAUGGCUGCUGCAGCACCACACCUGCCCCCAUUGUCGGCACAACAUCAUAGAGCAAAAGGGAAACCCAAGCACUGUAUGCGUGGAGACCAGCAACCUUGCACGCAGCCGGCAGCAGAGGGUGAUCUUGCCAGUGCACUACCCCGGCCGCGUGCACAGGACCAACGCCAUCCCAGCCUACCCCACGAGAACAAGCAUGGACUCCCAUGGGAACCCGGUCACCCUGCUGACUGUGGACCGGCACAGGGAACAGAGCCUCUAUUCACCACAGACCCCCACCUACAUCCGAGGCUACCCACCCCUCCACCAGGACCACACCCUGGCCCCUCACCGCUGUGGCCUAGAGCACCGGGCCUACUCACCAGCCCACCCCUUCCGCAGGCCCAAGUUCAGCAGCCGCAGCUUCUCCAAGGCAGCUUGCUUCUCCCAGUAUGAGACCAUGUACCAACACUACUACUUCCAGGGCCUCAGCUACCCUGAGCAGGAGGGUCAGGCCCCACCUAGCCUCGUUCCCAGGGGCCCGUCCCGUGCCUUUCCCCCGAAUGGCAGUGGCAGCCUGCUCUUCCCCACCGUGGUGCACAUGGCCCCACCUUCCCACCUGGAGAGUGGCAGCACGUCCAGCUUCAGCUGCUACCAUGGCCACCGCUCGGUGUGUAGUGGCUACCUGGCUGACUGCCCAGGCAGCGACAGCAGCAGCAGCAGCAGCUCCGGCCAGUGCCACUGCUCUUCCAGCGAUUCGGUGGUGGACUGCACUGAGGUCAGCAACCAGGGGGUGUAUGGGAGCUGCUCCACCUUCCGCAGCUCUCUCAGCAGCGACUAUGAUCCCUUCAUCUAUCGCAGCCGGAGCCCCUGUCGCACUAGUGACGUGGGGGGCUCAGGCCGGGGGCCUGUCGUGCACCUCGAGGGCUCCCCACCACCUGAGGAGCUCCCAGUAGCCCACAGUCAAGGUGCUGGGCGAGGAGAGCCUUGGCCUGGCCCUGCCUCUCCCUCGGGGGACCAGCUGUCCACCUGCAGCCUGGAGAUGAACUAUAGCAGCAACUCCUCCCUGGAGCACAGGGGGCCCAACAGCUCUACCUCAGAAGUGGGGCUCGAGGCUUCUGGGGCCGCCCCAGACCUCAGGAGGACCUGGAAGGGGGGCCGUGAGGGGCCUUCAUGUGCCUGCUGCUUCGAGCCCCAGCCCUCCGCACUGGAGCCCAGCAUAGGAGCGGCCGGGGGCAGCACCUUAUUCCUGGGCCCCCCCCUCUGUGAGGGCUGUGGCCCCACAGGUGUGGAGUCACAGCCAGGAAGCUCCCAGGGCCUGUAUGGCCUUCACCCAGACCAUUUGCCCAGGACAGAUGGGGUGAAAUAUGAGGGCCUGCCCUGCUGCUUCUAUGAAGAGAAGCAGGUGGCCCACGGCAGCGGAGGGGGCAGCGGCUGCUACACUGAGGACUGCUCUGUGAGCGUGCAGUACACGCUUGCCCAAGAGCCCCCACCCAGCUGCCACCCAGGAGCCCGGGACUUGAGCCAGCGCAUCCCCAUCAUUCCAGAGGAUGUGGACUGUGACUUGGGCCUGCCCUCAGACUGCCAAGGGACCCAUGGCCUCAGCCCCUGGGGUGGGAUGCUGGGCCCUGACACCCUGCAGCCCCACAGGAGCCUGGGAGUAGCCCAGGAAGAAGAGCGGGUUCUGUGCUGCCAGCCCAGGGCACCACUGCCACCUAUCUGCCCUCUGGAGGAGGCAGGGGCUGCCAGGGCCAGCUUCCCCAGUGCCUCCCAGGACACUCAGGAGUCCAAGGCCACAGCCACUGAGGCUGCAGGACAGAGAUCUCGCCCAGCAGACAGCAGCGGCACAGGAGCGUGAGCCCAGAAGGAACUAUGUGGAAAUGGGAACUGUACGGAGACUCCAAACUCUGACUUCUUCAGAAAUUUUUAAAAAAAGAAAAUUUUUUUAGCUUUGACAAACACACAAAAGUGGUAAUAAAGAGAGCCCUCCUCAACCCAAAAUGUGAGCCCCUUGUGGCAACCCCCCUCCCAUUAACAAACCAACAGACAAAAUUCUCUGAGUCUUUGCCUCUUGAUAACAUGUUACUCUGUUUUGUAAAGUGUGUGUGCUUGGGGUUCCAAGGUGUGUGGGAUUGAGUUCUCGGCUUUGUUUUUUAAGAUAUUAUAUGUAAAUGUAAAAAGUUAUUUAAAUAUAUAUAUUUUAAAGAACCCUAACCGCCAACUUUUGCUGAAAAGAAAAAUCACUGCUGCAUUAAUUGAACCACAUCAUGUGUAGAUACUGUUGUCUCCCUGGAGGGAGCUCAGGCCUUUGAAAAGCUCAGGGCUACACCUGCCUUAGAAAAUGAACCAGAAACUUGAAGUAAAGCUAGUCGAUAUGGGUACAAACUCUGAGGAACGAUGCAAUGCUGCCUCUUUCUCAUGGCAAAUCCCAACGUACAGAAUGUCAGGUCUUCUUAGAAGCCAUGUUUCCCCAGCCCACACCUGUAGGCAGCUGAUGGGAACAGCUGGAAAUAGGGUAGAAAGUCUGCAGCACUGGGGAGCUGGGACAAGCUAUUGCUGCGGAAGCCCCAGGGUGACAGGGACGGCUCUGCCCAGUGUCCUCAGUCUGUCCUCUGGAAUCAUCCUGAAGUAAAGGACAGAGUUCACAGUCAUGAUCUUGGGCUUCCUGCCACUGGCUACAAAAAUGGUUUGACGGGGUAUGUGGGGACAAACACCCAGGAGGAAUGUAGUUUGCGGCUUUGGUGUCUGAAGGGGCUGGGGACCCCCAGGGCGCCCCGGACCUGCUGCAUCCUUGGGCUGCCUUCCUGGGGGCUCAUGGCCAGGACCCCGUCGGGUCUGCACCAAGCUUCAUUUGAAUGAUGCAUUUCCCAUCCAUUUCCCUAUGGAAGCACUGCUUCAGGGUUAUUCAGCUCUCUGCUCAUGGCUGAAGUUGCUCAUCUCGCCUGCAAAUGUCUACUAUCCUUUCUACCUAAUGCACUAUUAUGUAUUGAUUCUCCAUGAGACAGAGAAAGAGACUAUCAGAUAGUUUAGACCCAAAGGGUAGGUUUUUUGUAUAUUUUUCCAGCCUUUAGUUAUUUUUUUAAGAGGGAGGGAGAGUUUAAAAAACCCAACCCAUUUUUUAAACGAUGUUUCCAUUAUAAAGGGGAGAAUCUAUUUAAAGCUAUUUCAGAUCAGGGAUUGUCAUCCUUUUUGUCCAGUGUAUUUCUUGUUUUUUUUAAAAAAAUUUUUUCUAGAAGAAACUAAUCACAUUAGCCCUGUGUUCACUAACUCUUCUGGUCACUUAUGUUUAUUCAUUUAUUCAGCAGAUAGUUGGUGCCACCUGAAAAGCUCCUUUGUGAAAUAGGAACCCUGGGAGCUGGCCCCCUAUAGGUGGGGAAAUAGAGGCCACCCUGGGUUGCCAGGAGACUGUGAUUACUCCUCUCCAGUAAGGCUGGGGGUAGUCAGCCCAGGGCCCAGACCAGAACAUUCUGAAUGAGAAUCUCACUGUAUCAGAAUCCCUUUUUCUUAAAAACCGCGGCCUGUGAUGAGGAAAUUUACUUACUUCUAGCCAGGAUUUGACAGAAGGAAAUUCCAGUGUCAGAUGAUUGAGCCAUUUGCCAUUUAGAAACUUACCCGUUUGCCAUUUGGUGAGAUUUGUCCUCCAGCCUUUAAGGUGCAGUCCCUUGGGGGUGGUUCCCCCCCAGGCCUGUGCCCAGCACACCUGUUGGCGAGGGUGUGAGAAGCGCCUAAGCUGUUGACAUGUGAUCUGGGCCGCCUUUAUUUCUCGGGCCAGGACUAGCAGCUGCUGAGGACAACAGCUUGCAUUACGUGGUUUUGGGGAAGGGGGGUUGAGGGUAUGGCUUUUAACAUGAACUGCAAAAAGCAGCUUCUCAUUGUUUAGAUUUUUUUGUUGUUGUUUGUGGUUUUGUUUGUUUUUAAUGCCUUUGAAUGCAUAUUGUCUUCCUUGUCUGAAACCAUACCCCCAAAGUGGCUUUCUUUAGCCCCAGCUGGGAAAAACCCCUCCUCAAGAGCCUUAAGCAAUGAAUAGAUGAGUAAAGAAUGUGGCUUCAACUGGGCUUAUUAAAAUAAAUGCGUCCAAUUUUCAUUUCAAAGAACAAAAGCUACAGAUGGCAAAAGAAGCACAUUUAAUGUUGGUAGUUUACAGGGUGGUAGGAACAGAAAAAUGAAAUUUUGAAACUUUGAAUAUCAGCCACUGUCUUAAAUUUGUGUUGGCUUAUCAGACAGGAAGGUCACCAGAAUAGAGUAUAACCAACUAUAUUACUGCCUCACCGUUGAAAUCAAAAUACCUUCUGUGAAGUUGUAAGACUCCAAUCUUGAUAAGUACCUUUUCUGGUGACCUCUUAGUGGCGUGUGGGGCUUAUGUAGCUGUGGAAACUGGGAGCAUCACAUUUUCCAUUGAGAACAUCUGUCCUCACCCCCCACCCCAGCCGGGGUGUGACCUUUGGGUGUGGUUCCGUGGCCCAGCCCUCACGUGACAGCCAUGUAAACUGAAGAGGGCUAGAACCAGUCCAAAUGGGGGGUUGGGAGUUUUGAUCAACAAGGUACCUCUUUGUAGACACUGCCCCAGUAUGCUGGCUUUAACUCAGUCUCUGCCCCCUCUCCUCUGAACCCAAGCCAUUUUUUAAAGCCCCAUCUGCUGUCCCACUGCUCAGACCCUCCCUUUUGUGCUGCUAGUUUCUACUCAAAGUUCCUGCAGGACUAAUGCUUUUAAAAUGAGGUCUAAAAAAUAAUUACUAAUCAAGAGUAUUAUUUUUUAAACAGAACUGCCUUUUUCUAUUCUUUAUAUAAACUCUAUUGUGUUGGUCUAACAAGGCACUAUUUUAAAAUGUUUUUAAAAAAUUUCUCCCAUAGCACUUAAAAGAUAUUUUGUAAAGACUUUGCUGUAAAGAUUUUGUAAUAAAAUGGUUUAAGGGCUCCUUCUCCAACAUUACCAUUUUUAAAAAAUGUUUUAAAGGCUAGAAAACAACUUAUGUAUAUUCUGUAUAUGUAUAGCAGCACAUUUCAUUUAUGGAAAUAUGUUCUCAGAAUAUUUAUUUACUAAUAUAUUUAUCUUAAGCCAUGUCUUAUGUUGAGAGUGUGACAUUGUUGGAAUAAUCAUUGAAAAUGACUAACAUGAGGCCCUGUAAAUACAUGAUAAUUGCACACAGAUUUUACAUAUUUGCCGACCAAAAAUGAUUUAAAACAAGUUGUAGUCUUCUAUGGUUUUGUAACAAAUUGUACAAAUGACUGUAAAAAAAAUACAAUUUUAUCAAGUA